AUGGCCGCCUGGUAUAUUCUGUGCAAGUUUGCCGUUUUGAUCUACCUGACAGGAAAUGUCGAUGCAGCGUGUACUUAUACACAAUCGGGUUACGGAUCACAAACCUACAUCUGUAAUGAGGGAUAUGUAACUACAUACUAUAGACUGUCUGCGGGUGCCAUAGCAGGCGCGGUGAUUGGUUCUCUAACAUGCUUCGCCCUCAUCAUUUACUGUAUUGCAUUCUGUUGUUGGAGAUUCAGGAAAAGUUCCGAAGGGACAAAGACACCGGGUACCAUCGUACAGAAUCCAUCCAAUGUUAGCGUAGUGUCUGGUGGAGCAGCGGCACAUUCUAAUCCUGUGAUGCAGAUUCCAAAUCAACAGAGUUAUCCAAUGACAACCCAUGACGGUUCCCAUACACUGCGCAUGCACACCGGAUAUGAUCAGUGAUUGGAUAUUAAGUUUGCUUGAUGCAAUGUUUGACGAAAAAUUGCAUGAAAUUAGGUAUUUUAAUAUAUAUUGCAUUUUUAAAGAUUGUGUU